CGGACGUCAACACCAACCGAUUCCAAAUUCCCAAAUCUUCUUCCUUGUAGCUGCCAAGAUCCCAAGAAGGCAAGAAGUCAAUAACGUGCCAGAAACGCCCCUUGUUCCCUCGUGUCCACUCCUGCCCCCAGCUUUCUCCAUUCCACCCCAUCCUCGACUCGCAAGUACCCAGCUAAGAUCAGGGAGCUCAUCUCCAGGAGACGGCAAUUAACAGGUAACUUCUCUAGUUCUCCUCGUCUCUUCUGCUCCAUCUCCGGCGACCAGUGAUUCUUGGUGUGCCACUACACUACUAGUGGUACUCCAACAAGUCUGACGGCCAAUGCCAACUCAAUCGCUGCUUUUCCCCAAAGGCGAAUCUAUCUGCAUCUGGAUUACCAAGGACGGCUAGUGAAUAGAAGGGGGAGAGAGAGAUGGACGGAGCAGCAGUUAGUGCUGCCACUGGGGUGAUGGGUUCCCUCCUUGCCAAGCUAUCUGCCUUGCUGGGAGAGGAAUACAGGCUUCUGAAAGGUGUCAACUCUGACAUUAGGUUCUUGAGAGAUGAGCUGACUGCCAUCAACAACUUUCUUAUCAACAUGUCAAAUAUGGAGGAGAACCUGGGUGAGCAGGAGAAGGAGUGGAGAAACAGGGUCCGAGAAAUCGAGGAUUGCAUCGAUUUAUUCAUGCGCAAAUUCAAUCAUGGGGAUGUGGAUGCCAACUUUGUCCGCAGGACAGCAAAAAAGAUAGGAAUGUUAUGGUCACGUCAUGAAAUUGCUAGCCAGAUCCAUCAACUUAAGGAUUGUGUUAACGAAGAGAGUGCCCGUCGUUUGAGGUAUAGAUUUGGUGAAAGCAAUGCCCGCAUAGUUGAAAUUGAUCCUGGACUACCAGCACUCUAUGUGGAAGCAGAGAAACUUGUUGGCAUCCAUGGCCCUAUGGAGAAGAUCAUUGAUCUGUUGACAAAACAGGAUGGAUCCUCACAACAGCUGAAAGUGGUUUCCAUUGUGGGCUUUGGGGGCCUUGGCAAGACUACUCUUGCUAACCAAGUACUUAAAAAAAUCAAGCAUCAGUUUGAUUGCACAGCUUUAGUAUCUAUUUCACGGAGUCCUGACAUUAAGAAGAUCUUAUUUGUUUUGCUUAAAGAUAUGAUCAACAAAAACAAUUCUAAUGAUGAGAAGCACAAAAAAGUUGUUGGGAUCAAGGCAGAAAAAUCAGAUGAUGAGAAACAACUAAUCAAUAAGCUCAGAGAAUACCUAACAAGUAGAAGGUACUUAGUCGCUGUUGAUGAUAUUUGUGUAAGAUCAAAGUGUGUUUUGAUUCUUAUUCUGUGAUGAACAAUUGGCAUAUGUGAUUAUUGGUUUUGAUAUUUGGAGAUUAUCGUCGAAGUGGUUUUGGAGAUAAUCAAUUUUCAGGUGAUGAUUGGAUUC